GUCUGAAGGUCACACUGCUGCGCAGUGGGGACAGGGCAGAGUCCGGGAUCCUGCCGGGUCACUGGGGCUCUGAAGCCACCAGCCACGAUGUUUUGGGGUCUUCUUUCCCUCCUCCUCUUCGUCUUGGCCAGCGGGACCCCAGUUGGGGACCAGGAUGAGGAUAUCCAAGUGCAGGAGAAUUUUGAGGCCGAGCGGAUGUAUGGGAAGUGGUACGACAUCGCCAUUGGCACCACCUGCAAAUGGAUGAAGAACUACAGGGAGAAGUUCAGCAUGGGCACACUGGUCCUGAGCCCAGGCCCCAGUGCUGACCAGAUCAGCACUGCCAGCACCAGGCUGCGGCAAGGUGACUGCACACGCGUCUCAGGAGAGUACCAGAAAACCAGCACCCCUGGCAAAUACACCUACUAUAACCCCAAAUGGGAUAUGUCUAUCCAGUCCUACGUGCUCCGCACCAACUACGAAGAAUACGCCGUCAUUCUGCUGAAAAAGAAAAGCAGUUUUGGCCCAAGCACCACCCUGAAGCUGUACGGGAGGAGCCCGGAGCUACGGGAGGACCUGAUUGAGUCUUUCCAGCAGCUGGCUCUGGAGAUGGGCAUCCCAGAGGACUCCAUCUUCAUCCUGGCCAAUAGAGGUGAAUGCAUCCCCCAGGAGACCACAGCUGCCCCUGAGCUCCGUGCUUCCUUCCCUGUGCAGAGGCUGAGGAGAGCGGUGCUGCCCCCCGAGGAGGGCUCGGCUGCGGGACCCCUGCCCACCUACAUCGGCAAUAAGGAAGACUCUUGCCGGCUGAGCCGGAACCCCGGGCCCUGCAGCGGGAUGCUCUCCCGCUUCUUCUACAACUCCUCCUCCAUGGCCUGUGAAACAUUCCUCUACGGAGGCUGCCUGGGCAAUGGCAACAACUUCUACACGGAAAAGGAAUGUCUGCAAGCCUGCCGGACCGAGGCUGCCUGCAGGCUGCCCAUCGUCCAGGGACCCUGCCAGAACCCGGUGACACGCUGGGCCUUCGAUGCAGCUCAGGGCAAGUGCAUCACGUUCAGCUACGGGGGCUGCAAGGGCAAUGGAAACCAGUUCUACUCGGAGAAGGAAUGCAAGGAGUACUGCGGGGCUCCUCUGCUGGCAGAGGACGAGGAGUUUUUGCAUCUGUCAAACUGACAUGGGCAGAGGACAAGAUGCCAGCACCCAGCACCAGGUUUAGCAGGAGGGUGCCAGCAGUGGCACAGGAGGUGCCUCCAGCAGUAAAUGAUAAAUGUGACCAAAAUGACAAAUGUGACCAACAA